GCCUUCUUCGAAUACAGCCACAAUGUAUCUUGCAUUAUCAACUUCCACCUCAUUCAUAAAACACAUAACUUCGAACCCUGAGACGAAAGGAUUCUCAUUUCUAACAUCACAUUAUCGCUUGCUUCCAGCAAUUCUACACUCUGCAUUCGCCCAAUAUGAGGUACCGUGGCGUUGUAUACGAUGUUGGCCUUCACUUCACCGCCGAUACCGCGUCGGUUGAGCCAUUCGAUCCCAAACUCGUGGCUCACGAUCUCAAAGUCAUCGCUACCGACCUCCACGCCAAUGCCGUGCGCAUUGAAGGCGAAUCUAUCCAGCGACUCGUGGCAGCCUCCCGUAUCGCCCACUCACUGGGCCUCGCAGUCUUCUUCAAUCCAUGGAAGAUGCACGCACCCGCCGACGAAGUCCGAAUUUAUCUCGCCGAAGCAGCCCAAGCUGCCGAAGACCUUCGUGGCGAGGGAGUAGACAUCGUCUUUGUUUCGCAAUGCGAGUAUACCAUCUUCAACGAGGGCGUCUUUCCUGGCAAGGACCUGAUGGAGCGUGUCAAGUGGAUGAGCGGGCAAAUGAAAGAAACACCCGAUGGGCCCAGCAUGUCAGAUUCACUUCAUGAGGCUUGCUCAAAGCUCAACGAUAUUCUCAAGUCGUUUUUGCAAGUGAUUCGUCCGGUGUUCCACGGCCGAGUAACGUAUUCAGCAGGAAUGUGGGAAUCUGUGGAUUGGACGCUCUUUGACAUCGUCGGCGUCGAUCACUAUCGUCAAGGCGAGAGCGAGAGCGACUAUCUCAAGGGGUUGGAAAGGCACCGUUGCGAGAAGCCGCUUGCUGUCAUGGAGUUCGGGUGUUGCGCGUAUGAAGGCGCGGCCGCCCUCGGAGCCGGCGGUUUCAUGCCUCUUCAAGGCACCAACCCAGACGGUACCGGCAACUUCGCGGGCGGCGUGGUACCAAAGUAUUCCGAGACGGAGCAAGCUGAUUACGUCGAGGCAGUCAUUAGGAUGCUUGCUGGGGCGGACGUGGACGCUAUGUUCGUUUACGUCUUCUCGUUUCCAACGUACCGUGCCGGAGAGGGUUUGCGGAACUUGGACAUGAUGUCUUUUUCGUUAGUCAAAACCUGGUCGGUGACGGAUGAGAGGUCGAAAGCGAUGCCACCGUGGACACCGAAAGAGGCUUUUCGGAAAGUGGCCUCUGCCUAUAAGCAACUUGAGAGCUCGUAGAGUGUAGAGGGAGGUUGUAUCUGGUUGGCGGUUAAUGAAAUGGUAAAUUCACUUGCCUUUAUCCAAGAAUACAUCUUCUUUUUAUUGACGGGAAAUUCUGAGCUCGGGGUACCCAAAAUACAAAGUCGCCUGCCACUGAACAUUUAGUGCUUAGGGCGACACGGCUAGAUCCAUGUCGCAAAUACGACAAAGUACUGAUGAACAGGCAAUGGCUCUUUCCAGAAGGCUACAGUGAAAGAAUAGGCGUCUUCCAAUAUGAAAACGUGUUCAGUCUGUCUGUUCGAAAGGAC